AUGGUUAAAGAGUCUUUAUCACAAGUAACUAUUUAUGGUUACGAAAGAAUGAUUUAUCACAUACUAACAUUAGAUGAUGCAUUGAAAGAAAUGAAAAAAAUUAUGAAUGAAGUCAAUGAAAUAAUGAAUUUACCAUCGUUAGCAAUAGUUCGUUUAUUGUUAAAUAAUUUUCAUUGGGAUGCAAAUGUAUUAACAGAACGUUUUUACGAAGAUUCAUCAGCUUUAUUUCGUAGAUUGAAUAUUGUUAAUCCGUAUUCUCAAACAUCAAGUCCAUUAUCACCAAGUGAUAAUCCACUAACAUCGAAUAGUUUACAAAUUUCAGAUACAGUUCUAUGCAAAACAUGUUGUAAUUAUUAUCCAAAGUAUCAAACAUAUAAUCUUCAAUGUCAACAUACAUUUUGUAUGGAUUGUUGGCGAAGAUAUUUGGAAAAGAAAAUAGUUCAAGAUAAUUGUGGUAAAACAUUAUCAUGUCCAUCAAGAUGUAAUUAUUUAAUUGAAGAUGAUAAAGUAUUAGAUUUGAUUGAUAAUGAUGAAGCUCGUCAAAAAUUUAAACGUUUAAUCAUCGAAAUAUUUGUUCAAAAUUAUCGUAAAACAAAGUUUUGUCCUGGACGAGAUUGUGAAAAUAUUAUUAAAGUGAGUUCAAGCAAUUGUGGAGCACAAUUAAUAUCGUGUACGGAUUGUAAAACAAAUUUUUGUUUUGCUUGUACAGAAGUAUGGCAUGAUCCAAUACAAUGUACAUUAUUGAAAAAAUGGGAAAAAAAAUGUCAAGAUGAAAGUGAAACAUGUCAUUGGUUAGAAGUCAAUACAAAAAAUUGUCCGAAAUGUCAUACAGCAAUCGAAAAAAAUGGUAUGUGCAAAAUACUUACUAUAGUAUUCUAAACUAAAACUAUUAAAAAACACAAAAUCAAUUUUGUAUGAAUAGAGAUUCGAACAUAUGAAAUUUAUUUCUAUUUAUUUUUUUUACGCACACAUUGUAUACAACUUCGUUCAAUGCGUGCGAUAAUACAUAGGAUAGUCCAAAAGUAGUGGUUUCAGUAUUAUAUUACUCCACGGAAAGCUUGAAUAAAAUUUCUUCUCAUCUGUCCUUGCAGUGUCAACAAUGCUCUAUAUUUCUUCAAUAUAUCAUCCUUCACCAUUUGCUAUUGUUAUAUGAGAAAAGUUCGACGGAAGCUAUGCACCCAAGUUUUAGAUGAAUAAAGAAAAUUUUCGUUUCUACAUUAAAGUGCGUACUGCACUUCACAUUGAACCAAAAGUUAUUCACGACGAAU